AUGUACUCCAUCCGCAAAGCUGUCGCCGCCGCCGUCCUGGCCUUCUCUCUCGCUGCCACGGCCGCUCCCGCCGCUGGAGAAGAGCACAUGAACCAUCUCGCGGCUCGCAACGCCGGCGACUUCACCUACUACUACACUGGCCUCGGCGCCUGCGGCGAGACCAACAACGACAGCCAGAUGGUUGCCGCCGUGGGCCACGACCUGUUCGACCGCUCUCGUCCUUGCGGCCGGAUGAUCCGCGCCCACUACGGGGGCAAUUCUGCCGAGGUCAAGGUUGUUGACCGCUGCAGUGGCUGCAACGACGACUCGUUGGACUUGUCCCCUGCUGCUUUUGAGCAGCUUGUCGGCAGCCUUGGACCGGGUCGCGUCCAGGGCACCUGGGAGUUUAUCUAA